UGUCCCCCUCGAUCUGCGUUGGGCUCAAACCUCUCACCUCUCACCGCAACGCCACGGCCCUAUCGCCCGAACAACGAUGGCAUCUCACCAUACUCUUCCCGGCACCGACAUCUACGGCCCCGGCACCUUCAUCGACAAAGAAGUUUUGCCUGUUCCGGUUGACGCCCGACGUGACCGUGCCGCAUGGGAUACGGUCAGGUUCACGGGGGGCUCGGAGCCCAUGAUCCCCAUACCGAUCAAGGCCCCCGUGGUUGCUGCCGCCCUGCACGCGAUGUGCGGUCUGGUCGCCAACGAACUGCUCGAGCUGCGCGACGGAACAGCCGUGCACGAGAGCACGGUGGCGUUGAACACAGACCAUGCUGGUUUGUGGCUCGGCUCGACAUUUACGACCCAGAUCAACGGCGAGGAUGUUUCCACGCUGGCUCGGUCCAACGCGCUGGCUUCACGCUUCGAUCGGGAUUUCGAGCAAGGGUCUGGGAAAGGGUUGGCGGGCCGGGCGACGGCGAUCUACCAGACCAAGGAUCCCAGAGUGUGGAACCAACUCCAUAGCUCCCUCGAUGCCACCCGCACCCUGCAGUCGAUGGGGAUCCCCACGGACGUCAAGUUUGAUACCAUGCGGGAGUACUACGAUUACAUCCAGAGCUACGUCAUCCAAUGGAGUCCGGACGAGCUCAAGAUGCACAACGUCCGCCAUGGCCUGUGCGGCAGCAUCUGUUACUCGCCGGAGGGGUGGCGCAGAACGGCAAUGGGCCAACGACUGGCGGCCCAUCCGCUGGUCAACUACACCUGUGCAAGCUACGCGGCGCCGACUCCGCCCGUGCCCGUGCCCUUACCCAAGCGCCCCUCGGUAGAUCGACGGCCUUUGGCAGGCGUCAAGGUCCUGGAGAUGGUGCGCAUCAUCGCCGGCCCCACGAUCGGCGUGACGCUGGCGUCCUACGGGGCCGAUGUCAUUAGGGUUAAUUGCAGCAAACUGGCGGAUCUCAACGUCCUCCAGUUGACCCUCAACGCCGGAAAACGCACGAUCGACCUCGACAUCGCCAAGGUAGAGGACAAGGCUCGCCUGCUGGACCUCCUCGCGGAGGCGGAUAUCUUCGUGCAGGGGUUCCGCCCCGGCUCGCUCGCGCGGCAGGGCCUGGAUCUACACAGGAUGCUGGAGCACGCGGCCAUGCGCAACAAGGACAUCAUCUACGUCGACGAGAACUGCUACGGCCCCGAUGGCGCCUUCGCCGAGCGGCCGGGCUGGCAGCAGAUCGGCGAUGCCGCGUUCGGUACGUCGUAUGUCAUGGGCCGGGCGCAGGCCCACGAGACAGUGCAGCCCUUCGAGACGGCGUCAGCAGGCUACAGCGUCCUGCCCCCGCUCCCCGUCUCGGACAUGACGACAGGCCUCGUCGGCGCCCUGGCGGCCAUGAUGGCGGUGCGCGACCGAACAACCCAAGGCGGGUCGUAUCACGUCGUCAGCUCGCUGGUCGCCGCCGACGCGGUCGCGCUGGAGCCCGAGAUCGGCCUGCAUCCGCCCGCGGUGGUGGCGCGCACCGCCCAGCGGUUCGGUGCUGCGACUUGGACGAGCAAUGCUUCUCAGCGAAUGAUUGCCCCUCUGCUAUUCAAGUGA